UAGCUUGCUUAGUUCAGUGCAAGAGUCACUGAGUUUUACACCUUAAGUUGCAAAGAUGUUUCCAAAUGUGACAGGACUUCUAAACAAGGGCCACAAGAUAAGAGGGACAGUGGUGUUGAUGCGCAAGAAUGUGUUAGACUUCAACACAAUUGUGAGCAUUGGUGGUGGAAACAUCCAUGGAGUCAUCGACUCCGGCAUCAAUAUCAUUGGUUCAACUGUUGAUGGCCUCACUGCCUUCUUAGGCCGCAGUGUCUCCCUCCAGCUCAUCAGUGCCACCAAGCCUGAUGGAAAUGGAAAAGGAAAAGUGGGAAAGGAUACAUUUCUGGAAGGUAUUAUUGCUUCAUUACCAACCUUGGGAGCUGGUGAAUCUGCAUUCAAUAUUCAUUUUGAAUGGGAUGCUGAAAUGGGAAUUCCAGGAGCAUUUUACAUCAAAAACUAUAUGCAAGUUGAGUUUUUCCUCAAGAGUCUAACUCUAGAAGAUGUUCCAAAUCAUGGAACCAUUCGGUUCGUAUGCAACUCUUGGGUUUACAACUCAAAACUCUACAAAAGUCCUCGCAUUUUCUUCGCCAACAAGUCGUAUCUUCCGAGUGAAACUCCGUCUCCACUUGUCAAGUAUAGAGAAGAAGAAUUGCAAAUUCUAAGAGGAGAUGGAACAGGAGAGCGCAAGUUACAUGAAAGGAUCUACGAUUAUGAUGUCUAUAACGAUUUAGGCAAUCCAGAUCAUGGCGAACAUCUUGCUCGGCCAAUUCUUGGAGGGUCUAGCACACAUCCCUAUCCUCGUAGGGGAAGGACCGGUCGAUAUCCAACGAGGAAAGAUCCGAAUAGCGAGAAACCAGCUACAGAAAUAUAUGUUCCAAGAGAUGAAAAUUUCGGUCACUUGAAGUCUUCUGACUUUCUUGCAUAUGGAAUAAAAUCUGUAUCCGAAUGUGUAAUACCUGCAUUUGAAUCUGCGUUUGAUUUGAAUUUUACGCCUAACGAGUUUGAUAGUUUUCAAGACGUACGCGACCUCUUUGAAGGUGGAAUUAAGCUUCCUCUAGAUGUAAUUAGCACCAUUAGUCCUUUACCUGUGAUCAAAGAAAUCUUUCGUACUGAUGGCGAACAAGUCCUCAAGUUUAUACCACCUCAUGUCAUUCGAGUGAGUAAGUCUGCGUGGAUGACCGAUGAAGAAUUUGCACGAGAAAUGCUCGCUGGCGUAAAUCCUUGCAUGAUCCGCGGUCUUCAAGAGUUUCCUCCAAAAAGCAAUCUAGAUCCCGCCGAAUACGGUGAUCACACUAGUAAGAUAACUGCAGAUGUCUUGAACCUUGAAGGUUGCACAAUAGAUGAGGCACUUGCUAGUGGGAGGCUAUUUAUACUAGAUUACCAUGACACAUUUAUACCAUUUCUGAGAAGGAUCAAUGAGACUUCUGCCAAAGCUUAUGCUACUAGAACAAUCCUUUUUCUAAAAGAAAAUGGAACUUUAAAGCCAGUGGCCAUUGAGUUAAGUUUGCCACAUCCUGAUGGUGACAAAUCAGGUUUUGUUAGUAAAGUCAUCUUACCUGCAGAUGAAGGUGUUGAGAGUACUAUUUGGCUACUGGCAAAAGCUUAUGUGGUGGUUAAUGAUUCUUGCUAUCAUCAACUCAUGAGCCAUUGGUUGAAUACUCAUGCAGUAAUUGAGCCGUUUGUUAUAGCAACAAAUCGGCAGCUUAGUGUGGUUCAUCCGAUUAAUAAACUUUUAGCUCCUCAUUAUCGUGACACGAUGAACAUCAACGCACUUGCAAGAGAAUCUCUAAUUAAUGCCGAUGGCAUUAUAGAGAAGAGUUUUUUGCCUUCAAAGUAUGCUGUGGAAAUGUCUUCGGCGGUUUACAAGUAUUGGGUUUUUACCGAUCAAGCUCUGCCGAAUGAUCUUAUCAAGAGAAAUAUGGCGGUUAAGGAUCCAUCGUCUCCGUAUGGACUGCGUCUUCUGAUAGAGGACUACCCUUAUGCUGUUGACGGAUUAGAGAUUUGGACGGCUAUUAAAACAUGGGUCCAAGAUUAUGUCUCGUUGUAUUAUGCAACGGACAAUGAUAUCAAAAAUGAUUCCGAGCUUCAAAACUGGUGGAAAGAAGUUGUAGAGAAAGGUCAUGGCGAUUUGAAAGAUAAACCAUGGUGGCCUAAGUUGCAAACGUUUGACGAGCUUGUUGAAGUUUGCACUAUCAUCAUAUGGACGGCUUCUGCUCUCCACGCAGCUGUUAAUUUUGGACAAUAUCCUUAUGGCGGUCUCAUUCUAAACCGUCCAACUCUGAGUAGAAGAUUGCUUCCUGAGGAAGGAAGCGCGGAAUAUGAUGAAAUGGUGAAGAGUCCUCAAAAGGCUUACUUGAGAACUAUCACGCCGAAGUUUCAGACUCUUAUUGAUCUUUCAGUGAUAGAAAUAUUGUCAAGACACGCUUCUGAUGAAGUCUAUCUCGGACAAAGGGAAAAUCCACACUGGACAUCUGAUGCUAAAGCUUUACAAGCAUUUCAAAAGUUUGGAAAUAAAUUGGCGGAAAUUGAGGCCAAACUUACGAAUAAGAACAAUGAUCCGAGCCUGUACCAUCGGACCGGGCCAGUUCAAUUGCCAUACACUUUGCUUCAUCCCAGCAGUGAGGGAGGUUUAACCUUUAGAGGAAUUCCGAAUAGUAUCUCUAUCUAAGAAAACUUGUGGUUUAUUAUGCUGUAUGUUAGUGUGUAUGUUUCAAUAAAGAGAUGCUCCAAAUAACAAAUUCCGCAUCUCAUCGAUGUUAAAGUUAUCAAGUGUAUGUUUAAAUAUAUGUAAUUUCAAACUUGUUUCAGUUUGCAAAUAAUAAGAGCACUGUUAGUUUGUGUGCUUAA